CCACACCGGAUUUUAGGCCGAUCUAACGGAAACACAGAUCUCUAUAUUCACUGGAUAGUGGACUGGCGCGACUCGCACCACCGAGUGGCUUUAGUAGUAUUAGUUCGAGAUUAGCGAACGAAAAAGACCGAUGACGUCACUUUACGCGUCCGUCGAAACCGAGUGUUUUUUGUACCUGCAAACGAUGACGACUACCUUCAUAUUUAGCCGUAUAAUUUCGGCAAACGUGAGACAAACUAUUAGGAAAAUUCAUAGUUCAUCAAUCAUUUGCAAAAGUGCUUACGAAGGUGAUGGAAAAACGACGAUAUCUAUUCUUAACAGGGACGAAGUCUAUGGACUCAUGAUAAAUUCCUACAGCAAGAUUGGAUUUCGUUUAAACAAUGGCAUUAGUAUCAUUGGAUCACUUGCAAUAUUUCCAAGAAGCGUACUGAGUUGGAAGGUUAAUACUAUAGAUGAUGUCAACGAGGAAACUCUGUCGCUAUUUACUAUUCUUGAUCCAAAACCAGACAUUUUAGUAAUUGGAACUGGUGACCCUCAUAGUAACAUUAAAGUUGACAGGAAGCUGGCUCUGUUUGCCAAAAAAUUCAAAAUGAACAUGGAGAUCGUUCCAACAUGCCAAGCUUGUCCUAUAUUCAAUUUCCUUAAUGCUGAAGGAAGAUUUGUUGCAGCUGCGCUCAUCCCACCUGCAAAUCUUGAUUUUAAUGCUAAUAAUUCCAUACAAGAUCCAAUGGGUCCAAAAGCUUUAGAAAAUUCGACCAACUUAUAGGUAUGUCAACAAACAUUUUUUCAGUGAAGGUACAUGUAAUACUAGUUAACUUGGCCCUGAAAAGCGAAAGAAGCAAUUAAAAUUACUUUUGGCAUUUUGAUUCAAUGCUCAUAAUUAUUUAAAGUAUUUACAGCUAUCCACAGUGUCUGUUAGUGUAUUAACUUUACAUAAGUCAUAUCACAUCUGUAACUGGCUUACCUCAUUUUAUUGCAGUAAAUGAAUCCAAAAGAUUGUUAUUGAUAGUGUAGCUAUUUAUGAAUUUGAAAAAUAUAUGCGUAUCUAUGCGAUAUACACAUAAUUUAUAUCCAUGUACAUAGUAAUAUUAUGUAUGUGUAAAGCAAAAUAUUAUCGUAGAAACUUGUACAGUUAAUUAAUU